CCACACAGUCGCCAUCGCAUUUUCGUUUUGGUCGUUGCUGUGAGAGCAUUGUGUAGCUGAGGGUUGUCGGUUUUUAAUCAGGAAAGUCUAGUUUACUUCUGCUCCCGUGACUGUUUAUUUUUAUCACUUAAAUACGUUUAUGCAGAUGCAAGGUUGAAAUUACAACAGCGGACAUGACAUCUAAACUGAAAGUUGGGAAAGUCGGCUCCAAGAGUAAGGAGGAUGCUCCUUAUGAGUUGGAGAGCCAGUUUAUCCUGAGGCUUCCUUCGGAGUAUGCUUCAACAGUAAGAAGGAUUGCACAGUCUAGCAGUAUGAACAUGAAAGACAGACUCACCAUCGAGUUGCACCCCGAUGGUCGUCAUGGCAUAGUGAGAGUGGACCGUGUCCCUUUGGCCUGCAAGCUGGUGGAUCUGCCUUGUAUGAUUGAAUCUCUCAAAACAGUGGACAAGAAGACGUUUUACAAGACAGCUGAUGUCUGCCAGAUGCUGGUAUGUACACUAGAUGGAGACCUUUACCCUCCUUUGGAGGAGCCAACUGGAACCGACCCCAAGAGCAAAAAGAAGGACAAAGACAAGGACAAGAAAUUUGUUUGGAAUCACGGCAUCACCUGCCCUCUGAAGAACACACGCAAAAGAAGAUUUCGGAAGACUGCGAAAAAGAAGUACAUUGAAUCUCCUGAUGUGGAAAAGGAAGUGAAGAGAUUGCUGAGCACAGAUGCUGAUGCUGUCAGUGUUCGAUAUGAAAUUAUAGCAGAGGAUGAGUCUAAGGAAGCAGAUCAACACGGCUCUCUGACCAACCUGGACUCCUCACCUGGCACCUCGGGACACAAGAUGGGCCAUGGCUCCUCUGCCCAGCGUGAUGAACUGAGGGAGAUCUUCAACGACAUCAGCAGCUCCAGUGAGGAUGAGGAGGACGAAGGAGACCGGCACGAGGACGAGGACCUGAAUAUCAUGGAUACAGAGGAUGAUCUGGUCCGACAGCUCCAAGACAAACUCAACGAGUCUGAUUCCACACAGCACGAAAGUGACCGAAACAACCAGAUAGUGAUGGAGUAUCAGGUGCAGAUCAACAACAUUAAGGCAAAGCUUCAGGAAACCCGCGCCCGAAAGAAACAGCAGGAGGAGCUCAUCAUGAAAGUGGAAAACCAGGCCCUCAAAAACCGCUUCCAAGCCUUGCUGGACGAGAUUAUUCAGCAGGAGGAGCGAGAGAUGGAGCAGCUGGCCUCCCUGCAGGAGCAGCUGGACUCACUGAUCGAGAAGUGACCACCAGGGGGCAGUCUCAGGUCAUCUUCAGCCACUCAUCACCAGGAGAACGGCCUUCAUCCAGGGAGGAGGGAGUCUCUAUUAGAGGACUUCCUGUACCAGUUUUAUGUAUUUCACCUACAGCAGUGCAAACACCUUCCUUCAGUAACUACAGUUCAGAUUUUUUUAUUAAGUUGAUAAAAGGUAUUAUUAGAUACUGUGUGACUGAACUAUCUGGUUGGCUUGUGUCUUGUUUUACUUUUCUUCUUCAUGCUAAACCUCAAUCUCAGCCAACUUUUACUGUAGCUCACUUUUUUUGUAUUUCCUUAGUUUUAUGAAAACAAAAUUACAGAACUGUCAAAGAGAUUGAAACUCAUCUAAUUGUGUUUGCAUCUUUGUUGCUGCUUUGUAGUGUAUUUAAUGUGCUGUCCUCUGAACUUAGUGAAUGUCAGCCAGUGAUCCUAAUCCACUGGUAAUAGGACCCCAGGGAGCAUUUUCUUAGUAACCAGUGUGUAUGUGUGAAGUAAUUAGCUCAACUUUAAAAACAGAAAUUACAGUUUCAUUAAAGAAUUGAGUAGAACAUGUUUGAGCAGUUCACUAUAAAAAAUAGAAAAAGAAGCCAAAACUAAUGCAUGAAGAAUUGCAAUCAAUAAGUAAUGGUGCAAGAGUGAAUACAUGGUUGAAAUCCAAUAGACAUUGUUGCUGAAACAACUGAAAACUGGAGGUAAUAGAUAAGUGCUCAAUAUACAGAUUAAACUAAUGAUUGAGUAGCUCGGACCGUGCUGACCGAAACAUUGACAGUUCAACUGAUUGAACUACAAUAUCCAUUUUUAUAUAAUACCGAGUUUAAUAAGAUCCAAUUUAAAAUGAGUUAAACCGAGCCUAUUUGAUCAUGAGAGGUGUCGAUGAAAGGGCUAUCGAGUCCAUCAGACAUGUCUGUGGGGGUGUGUCAGAUGAAAAAGGUUGGGAGCCACUGAUCGGAACCAAAGGAGGACACAUUACGCCCUCACAAGUCGUCAUAUUUGUGCUUUCUACUUGUAUUGACAUUUUCAAGCAAAAAAAAAAAGUCAAUAUGAUAGCAUUACACUUGGACAAGAAAGGGAUCUCUCUGAUAAUGGAGUAUUAGUGGAAGGUUUAGUGUUGUCAUGCAUACAUGCAUGAGUUUGUCUACCAGAGAUUAUAACAUAAAAGCUGAGUAGAGAGUUGACUUCUCAUUUUUUCAACUUUGAUUAUCUAAAAUAGCCUGGACAGAAUUGGGAAAUGAAUCGUAGUGGCUGUUGUCUUCAGUCUUCAUGCCGUCUGGAGAAAAAAAUUUUGUGCACCAUACUGAUACUGUGAAUCAGAAGAGACAAAGAAACAAAUUGAAGGUAAAGGCUAAAAGACCAUCUCCAGGCAGUUUCAUGUUUCUAUGACCAUAGUUUUGGAUAUUACUAUAAAGUUUACGAUCUGUAGAAAGCCUUCCUAGAUGUGACCACAAAACUGACCCCAGGCUGAUCAGAAGGAUAGUUCAAAAGGUGGAAAAAGAACUAAGUAAAACUUGAAAAUACAUAGAAGCCAACCUCCAAUGUCAAAGCACAGCAGCAUCUGUUUGCUUUCUGAAUGAAAGUGGGUGCACAGAAGAAGACCCAUGAUGACCCCACUUCUGAAAGAGAAACAAGAAAAUCUACCAUGUUGACAAGUCACAAUCCUUCUCGUAGAAUGCUCUUUGGGCAAAUGAAAUAAAAUGUUAUGCUUUUUGGUGAGUCACAUCAUCUCUUGAUUUACAGAGGCAAAAAAAAAUUGAGCCGCUCACAGAAAAAGACACGAUCCCCGCUGUGAAACAUGGACGAGACUUAGCUGUGUUAUUUUCUGUGUCUGGUACAAACUGCCUCGAAUCUGAACAGGGCACAAUGAAAUGAGAAGAUUAUCAAAGCACUCGGGAGUGAAGCAUACUGCUCAGUGUCAGAGAGCUCUGACUCAGUGGCAUUUCAUGGCUCUUCCAAAGGAAUAAUGAGCCAAAACAUACAUCUAAGUGCUCCCAAGGAGGGAGAAGGAGAAAACACUGGACCAUUCUGAAGUGGCUGCUGUAAGUCCUGCUCUUAAUCCAGCUGAAAUCUAUGGAAAAGGUUGAAAUUGUCAGUUGGGAGAAGGGACCCAUCUAACAUGAGAACAGUUGGCUGAAGAGGAAUGUUAGUAUUUAAAUAUAUAAGAUGUAGAGAUCUCAUUAAGCGUUUACCAAAGUUGUAUGAUUGCAGUGACUGUCUGAAAAGGAUGUGCUGCAAAGUAUUAGAGUAAUGCUCAAUGUCAUUUUUAUUUGUUUUUUUAAAAAUUCCAUCAGAAAUACAGAGCAAUAUACCUGUGCUAAACAAUAGAGAAUAUAUAUGUGGUUUUUACUAAAGUACCAAUGUUUUUGACCACAUUUUUAUUUAGUAUUUUUCAUGUUUUUGUUUUUUGGCUCUUUAUCCCAAUAGGAAAGCUGUGUAUGACCUUUUCAUUUUGGAUUGUUAACAUUGAAAUUAUGAUGGACUUGUUUCCUUGGUGAUGUGAAUUACAGCAUCAUCAGCUGCAGCAUCUGCCUGUUAUGUAAAACUAGUAAGCUCAACAACAGAAUCCUGAGGGCAAUUAAGUGACAAAUAUUGUACAAGAACAGCACUUUAUACAACCCUGUCAAUUUCCACUUCUUACAAUGUUUACUGACAAUUAUCACACCUAAAAUAAGAAAUAAUGUUCUGUACUUUUAGCAACUAGUUCUCAGCUGUAUAUGAAAAGUUUGGUCAAUAAGAAACACAAGAGUAAAGAGUCUGUAGUUCUUUCGUCUAAAAGAACCAGAAGAAUUGAUUCAUUAAAGGAGGAAACGGUAGAUAUUGCUGGUUGUUCUGUCGCUCUGCGGUUUCCUGAAACUGAAUAUCAAGUUUCUAUUUUAAAUGAUUUACCGUGUGAGCCCAAGAAGACUUCAAUAAACUCCCUCCAUCCCCUGGACACAACAGA